GCUAUUAUGCUUGCUUGUGUACAAUGUUUACUAUAAUCGCUCGGUUGUGUAGUGUGUAUUGUAGAAGAGAUGAAGUGAUUAAAAUCAUUGAGAUGUAAAACUGUGACCAGUAAAUAUGAACAAAGUGAACUACGAAUUAUACUGCCAAUAGUUACUGUUUUUAAUUCAAUUUCUUGCAUCCUUUUGUGCCUGUAACACCAUGAAAAGGAAUGACAGUUGGCAGAUACGACAUUUUUGGUACGCGAACACAUUUGAAAUGUCAAAGUUCAACCUUCUGGGGCUGGUCUGUUGUGUUGUGAUAUUUGAUGAAAAUAUGUUUUUGUGAAAUAAAUAGAAACGUUAUUUAGUGUAAAUGUGGAGUGCCGGAAUUUCUAGCUCGCAAGGCGAUGAAUUUGGAUAUUGAAGCUUAAUCGUUGCUAUCUCAAGAUGCUUAUAAAAGAGUAUAGAAUACCUCUGCCGCUCACUGUAGAAGAGUACAGGAUCGCCCAGCUCUACAUGAUUGCAAAGAAGAGUAGGGAAGAGAGCUCGGGCGAAGGCAGUGGUGUGGAAAUCUUAGUCAAUGAGCCUUAUGAAGAUGGGCCCGGAGGCAAAGGUCAGUAUACUCAAAAGAUUUACCACGUCGGGAGUCAUCUACCUGGCUGGUUCAAAAGCCUCCUUCCAAAGUCUGCCUUAACUGUAUCUGAAGAAGCCUGGAAUGCUUACCCUUAUACUAAAACCAGAUACACAUGCCCAUUUGUGGAAAAAUUCUCCUUAGAAAUAGAAACUUAUUAUUAUGCUGACAACGGCCACCAGGAAAAUGUCUUCAAAUUAUCAGGCAGUGACUUGAAAAAUAGAAUAGUCGAUGUUAUUGAUGUUGUUAAAGAUCAACUUUAUGGUGCAGAUUACGUUAAAGAAGAAGAUCCUAAAUUGUUUGUGUCACAAAAGUGUAACAGAGGUCCCCUGACUGAAACAUGGCUUGAAGAUUACUGGAGAGAAGUCCAAGGGAAGCCACAGCCACUUCCUAAUGGUAAAUCGCUCAUGUGUGCUUACAAACUGUGUAGAGUAGAAUUUCGUUAUUGGGGGAUGCAAACCAAAUUAGAGAGAUUUAUCCACGAUGUCGCUCUGAGGAAGACUAUGUUGAGGGCCCAUCGGCAGGCGUGGGCCUGGCAAGACGAAUGGCAUGGCCUGACUAUGGAUGAUAUUCGGGAGAUAGAAAGACAAACGCAGCUAGCCUUACAGAAGAAAAUGGCUGGUGAAACAAGUGAUGAUCAAGAUGUUUCUGAAGAAAAUUCUAAAUCACUUGCAGCUACUAUGAGCAGUUUAGAGAAAAAUGAAGAAAUGCCAACACCUCUAGUCACAAAAAAGAAUCCUGAGAAAAGAAUACAAAAACAUUUGACUCCUGAAGGUACACCACCAUCUGAACAUAAAACUUCUAAAUCUAAUUUGAGAUCUUCAUCUUCUGGAUCUAUUAAGAGCUUGCAAGCGCAAGUCUCCAACUGGCGAAUGGAGACACUAGUACGAGAAUCAGAAACUGAAACAGGUUCCGAAGACGAAUUUUAUGACUGUGAGUCAUCUUUCAACAAAUGGUCUUCAAUGUGUUCUCUUGACGAAGCUGACAUUGAUAUAUCGCCCACACAAGGCGAUCAAGGUCAGGAAGACAGUAUAUUCAAUCCAUCGUUUUUGAAGAGAGUGACCUCAGAAAGGGGAUCUCGAAGAAUAGCUACUCUACAAAGCCAUCAAAGUGUAGAUGGUUGCCCCGAUACGCCUGUUCACAGCUCGUGUCCUACUACAGUAUUAAUUCUUGUAUUCCAUGCGGGAAGUGUUUUAGACGCCAAUGUCGACAUGACAGCUAAGAAAUCUGAUGUGACUACAUUUAAAGGCGCAUUUGAAUCCGUUAUGCGCCAACAUUACCCAACUCUAGUCGGACACAUAGCAAUGAAACUAGUGUCAUGUCCCUCAAUUUGUACAGAAGCACUUGGAAUUUUGUCGACAUUAAGCCCAUAUAGUUUUGAUUGUUCUCCAUCCACAAUUGAGACUCCAUCUUUAACUAACGAUCUUAUACCUAUAGGUGCCAUACCACUAAUUGCUACAUCAUCGCCAGACUAUUCAGAAUCUGUUACCAAAACAAUUAAUUGUGCUAAUGCAGUUUAUAAUGAAUUUAUUAAAUCAGAUGAUGGAAAAGGUUUUAAUGGUCAAGUGUGUUUCGUUGGGGAUAGUAUGGGAUCAGUAUUAGCUUACGACGCUCUUUGUAGGACAUUGCAGUAUCAAUCGCGACAUGAUAGUGAAAACAGUAUUUUAGACACUGAAAUAACUAUUCCUAAUGAACCAACAGAUCAUUACCUAAACAAAUCUCAUUUGCAAGCGCCGACACCUAGGAGACGAUCUUCAUCCACAAGUGAUAAUCAGGUUAAAUUUGAAUUCGAAGUAAGUGAUUUCUUUACCUUUGGUAGCCCAUUGUCCCUAAUUUUAGCGUCUAGAAAAAUGUCCGAUGAUAAAACACGUGAUAUAGUCAAACCACCGGUUCAACAAGUAUUCAAUUUGUUUCAUCCUACAGACCCUGUUGCUGCCAGACUAGAGCCCUUACUUUCUGCCAGGUUUUCAAACCUACCACCGAUCAAUGUUGCACGUUACGCCAAAUAUCCUCUGGGCAAUGGCCAGCCAUACCAUUUAAUGGAGUUAAUACAAAGCCACCCUCAAUUGUUUGGCGAUCAUUUGCAAAUGCCUCCUACACCGGUACUGAGAAGGCUUUCAGAAGCGUCUGUUCAGAGUACUGUAAGUGGUUUAGUAGAUAACAUUCCACUAAUCACCAUGAAUGCUUUGCAGCAAAAAUGGUGGGGUUCUAAACGCUUAGAUUAUGCUCUCUAUUGUCCAGAAGGUUUGACCAACUUUCCCACCAAUGCUUUGCCACAUUUAUUCCACGCAAGUUACUGGGAAAGCUCCGACGUUAUUGCUUUUAUAUUACGUCAAAUAGGUCACUUUGAUUUAGCUCUAUAUGGUCAUUCUGAAGACAAAGAAUGUCCAAUGUUCAAACCGGGACAAGAAAGAGAAAAAUGGAUGAGGAAGAGGACAUCGGUGAAAUUAAAAAACGUGGCUGCUAACCACAGAGCCAACGAUGUGAUCGUGAAGGAAAAUUCACCGCAAACUUUUAUUGCGAGAUUCAUGUAUGGUCCUCUUGAUAUGAUCACUCUUACUGGUGAGAAAGUUGAUAUUUACAUGAUGAAGGAUCCCCCAGCCGGGGAAUGGACGCUUCUGUCCACUGUUGUAACCGACAAAACGGGAAGAAUUUCAUAUACGUUGACUGAUAAACAAAGCGUAGGGUGCGGCAUUUAUCCUGUUAGGGUCGUGGUCCGGGGAGACCACACCAGUUGUAGCUUCCAUCUCGCCGUUGUUCCCCCGCAGACUGAAUGUGUAGUGUUUAGCAUCGAUGGCUCCUUCACUGCCAGCGUGUCGGUGACAGGGCGCGAUCCCAAAGUUCGGGCCGGUGCUGUCGACGUUGUCCGAUUUUGGCAAGAUUUAGGCUACCUCAUUCUUUACAUAACUGGUAGACCUGAUAUGCAACAACGGAAGGUCGUGUCUUGGCUAGCGGAACAUAACUUUCCGCACGGCUUAGUAUUCUUCUCUGAUGGUAUUUCGACAGAUCCUUUAGGGCACAAAGCUGCGCACUUGAACAGCCUGAUAAAUGAUCAUGGUAUCAUCAUUCACGCAGCUUACGGCUCGGGUAAAGAUAUCACUGUGUACCAUAACUGUGGUCUCAGCCCGAAACAAAUUUACGCGAUCGGGCGUAUCAGUAAAAAGUAUGGUAGCUUGGCUACUACGUUGAACGACGGCUAUGCAUCUCAUUUGGCCGAUCUUAAGCAGCCUGGUGCGGUGAGGGGCGCCAGGGGUAAUGCUAGGCUUCUUGUGCCACGUAGACUCUUGGCUCCUGUAAACAACACGUCGGCGACUCGAAGCCGGCGUUAGAUUAGAAGAGCGAUGCUUUAAGAAAUAUUUUCCUUCAAAACGCUUAUUGAAUUAGAUUGUAUUUUUAUGAAACUAGAGUUUUAUCGCGUUUCUUGGUCGUGGUGGUGAAUGUGACUUUUUCAGGUAUCUUUUAUUGUUGAUAAGGAAUAUUAUUAAUUAUAAUAUCGUAGAUAAUAUAAUAGUUCUUAUAAAAGAUUAUACGUAUUACCUGACAGAUAAACGGCAAUGAUUAUUUAAAUUAAAAAAAAAUAUCAAUGGUUAAACUAUAAAUAAAUAGUAACUAUUUAUCGUCCGCUUUUUUUUUAUUUCCGGACGUUUCAUCGAAGAUCUCACGAGCUUCCCGCAAAAACUCAUGAUUUCUGGGAAACGUAGCGUACAAGCAAGUAGCUAUCUCAACACUGUCACAUCAUACGGCCGACCUUUCUUUGAUAUUUUGGGCAGGAAGAAAUAUUAUCACUAACUUGAUAGUUAAUUAUUUUUUGAGAUAUUUUUUGUUACUUUUAGGUAACCUUUACGGUGUACUUUUAUUGAUGUGACGAUAAUUACAGUGUUUCUACUUAAGAAUAUAUUCAUACUUGCAUACGUUAUGUGUGAAAAUAAGUAGUGGCAUUUUGGGGCGCGUUCUUACUUCAAAAAAAUUAAAAAUAUUACUAACUCAAUCUUUUGUCUUUAAAUUUUCAUGUUCAUUGACAAAAUAUAUGAGAACAAAUAUUUUACUUGUAUAUUGUAGUAAUAGGAUUGUUGAAUUUUAUGAUAUGGGAGUGCGUGAUAAUAACGCAUCUGAUUAGUCACCGUGUACCUACAUAUUUAUAAUCUGAAUUCGUCGGUAAAAUAUGUGUAAACUUUAUUCGUCUAGGUAUUGGUAAGAUCUUGUUAAGUAUUUGUCUACUCGAUUAAAUAACAUUUUUAGAUAUUAAUAUUGUUAUUAAGAAUCUAAAGGGAAUGUAAUCUGUAUUGUCACAAUAUUUAUAAUGAUUUAGUAUUUUGGUUAAAAAGUCAACACCACAUAUUUAAAAGAAAAGAAAUAUUUUAUACCUACUAAAUUUUAAAAAAAGAAACUUUUUUUUAAGUGCCAACGUUGACAGUUAUUUGAAUACCAACGUUAAAAAAACCUCCGCUCCUUCGUUUACUAAAGACGUUUUUGGUCGUUCGUAAUUUAAAAAAAAUUCCUCAUGGGUGUGACAACCCGAGGUUAGUUGACCGGUCGCGUGACAGUAUAAUAUUCGUAGAAAGAUAACAAAAUAACAUGCGGAAAUUGAGAUAUAAUAAUACCAAUGUAUUUGACAAAGCAUACUAGGGAAAUAUAUUUGCGAUGACGAUUUUGGCUUUGUCUGGUAAUGUUUUGUUCAUUAUUUUUUUUUACAAAGAUAUUUGUAGAAAAGAUUAUAUAAAUGAGCAUGCGACUUUUAAGUACGUCAUUUAUGUAUACGUAUUGUAAUUUCAUUAUAACGACGAAUCUCAUAAAUACAUCCCUUAAUUGCGUCUAAAAUAAAUUAUUUUAUGAUUGCUAUAAAUCGAAAUGAAAUAUUUUGAAUUAUAGUUAAUAACUUUGUACUUCUUGACGUAGCAUGUUGGAAGAAUAGCUAUUUUCAAUAACAAACAAAUCCUUACGUGUAUGAAUUAUACGUUUAACAGUAUUAUUUAUUUACACUUUGUCACAUUAAAAUAGUACACAAAAACUUCUGAUUCAUAAAGUAUUAUAAUAUCCGCGUACUUGCUUAUUUUAUAUUAUACCGCAAAAUAAAUUUUCAUAUCGAUUAUUUUUAUCGUUACAUAUAAUUUGUUUAACAUGGUAUUUUUCAGUAUUAAUAUAAAUGACAAAACUUUCAUUUUGAUGAAACCAUCCCUUCUUUUCAUGUCUCACUAGAAUGAGAAUAAAGUAAUGCAUAAAGAUUUUGAGUAUUACCGCGUUGUUGAUUUUUUAUUUCAAAUUUGCAAUAAAAAAAAUCGUAAUCAUAUCACUUUUAAAAAGAUCAUCAGGUAUUUAAUUGGCUUUGUCAAUUGAUUUAAUUAGGUGAUUAAAAACUUAGUACAAAUAUUUUAUCAAAAUCUACAAAUUUAAUUUAAAACUGUUCUUAAUCUUUCCCUUAUUUUAUUUUUUUCAUUUCUUUAUUAAGCAAUAUCCCGUGUUUAAAAUUACCGAUCUUACUGAAAAUAUUUGUACUUAAGCUGUCGAGAAAAUAUUUAAAUUUUAAAUAUAUAUUGUAGUUACUUGAACUUUAUAGAUUUAAUACAAUCAUAGUUAUCUUUUUUAUAAAACAAAACUGUUUAUUCUAAACUAGUUAAUUAAGCUGUGUCCGGAUUAUGUAUGGCAUAAAAUUAAUAAUUAAAAAUUAUGGUCGGGGAUGUAUUUCCUAGGCAAUCUAUUUUGUGAUCAUAAGCAUGUAGAUGGUGUAUAUCUGUAAACUGUCUGUACGGCACAGAUGGCUUGCAUAUCUAUCGUAUUACAUACAAGAGCACGACAAAAGAUUUUCGCUUAUCUACAUUCAGAUAGUGAAGGAGAAUAAGGCAUUCGAAUUACACUGACAAAUUCUCACGGAAGAAAAAAUUUUAUUACAUAGUUACAUUUUACAUAAUCUGAAUAAAUCUAUUGGACUAUUUAAAUUCAGUGGCGGUUUUCAUUGGUUGCUUACUGGUAUUUUUGGCUACCUAUUUAUCGAAAUGUUAUCUAAAUAAUGUUAUUUUAUCAUAAUAACAACAUCUUCGUAAAAUGCUGAAGUCAUGCUAAUUUUAAAACGCCAUGGGUCUUUAUAUAUUUUUAAGUAAUUUAGAAUUAUGUGAUCUCGUAUUAGUAGAAUGUCGUUGUGUAGUCUUGUGAUAUUAUAUAACAAUAUUUAAAAUUAUUAAUAUCAGUUUAAUUUUGACUUUGAAAAAUAUAAAUGUCACAAAAAACGUUCAAGAUAGAAAUAGGAUAGAGGAUGCCAAGGCACCCAAAAUGUAAGCGUAUUUGCGCGAUUUAUUGAUGUGUACACAAAAGAAGCAAUAAAGUCAAAAUAUUAAAAAAAAGAUGGUCAAAGACAUCAACAUUAUUA